CCAUGACAACGACCACGGGUGAUCCCUCGACCCUGAAGAGUCCAGCCUCGUUGUCCGGCGGCGACCUGGUCUCCCGCCUCCUGGCAGCGACACCCCCGUACUUGUACAACGUGCCGUUGACGCCGCACAGCUUCUUCUUCAGCGAGAUGUUGCGCUCGUUCGUGCAGGCGAAGAGCGAGGUGUCGUCGGUCGGAAACACGUCGACGAGCGCCCCUCGCCGCCGCAAGAGAUCCUGGCGGGACGCUCGGGACCGACCGUUGGAGCUGACCACGAAGGAGAGGCAGCACCAUCACCAUCACCACCACCAUCACUCGCAACAACAGCAACAACAGCAACAGCAGCAACAAUCGACGAUGGACAAAUACUUUCAACAGCAAGCGGAGACGCGGUUGGGCGGGGGUAAGCAAGGAGGGGGCGACGGCUACGACCCGGCCAGCAAAGUGGGCAACUUCGAGCAGAAGCCGAGCUUCGCCACGGACAUGUUGAAACCGGUGGAGAACGAGAGCAAGGCCGUCGAGUUCGGGAAGCAGAGCAAGAGUUUCUUCGACGAGAGGCCCCGCCACUUCGAGCAGGCAUCUUCCCCGCCCAUGUUCCCCGGCGAAUUGCAGAAGGUGAAGCCCGAGGAGAGUCACUCGAGCGAGCGCAAGAGCUGCAAUUACAACGAGAGAAACCCGUACGACGAGCGUGGGGGGGCGAAGGGCAAUCAAGGGGAGUUAGCCCCCCUCCUGGCCGGGGACCAGAAGAAGCUCGAUUUCUCGAGGAAUUUUCUGCCCGGCCUCCCGCCGCGGGGCUGCGACAUGCUGCCGGCAGUGAAAGGGGGAUUCGGCCUUCCGGGGAACGUGGCCAACCCGGAAUUCCUCCCCGGCCCCCUUUGGUACCCCCCCUACCCCAUCCCCCAAUCGUAUCCGGGGAUCGACCCGUUGCACUUCUUCAUCGAUCUCCGCGUGUCCGGCCACAUUUGGGACAGGAAGCUGAGCGAGAGGCAGCUCCCGUUCAAGGGGAAGCAUUGCUCGGCGUUCAGCGUGCCCCAGUCGAAGGAGUACAACGGGAACAGGCCGUUGAAUUUGACGAGGGACGAGGCAGGCACGUCGAAGAGCGGCGAGGAGAAUCCGCGCGGCACCAAUUACAUUCUCAGACAUCUGACGAGGACGUACAGGGACAUCGGCCAGGCGAGGAAAGGGUCCAGGAGGGAUGAAACGGAGAGCGAGGAUAACUCGAAGGACGUUGAUAACAACAGCGAGAGGUCCCCGAAGCAGGAAGAUGUCGUCGCGGUCCCUUCGACGAGCCCGGAAGAGGAGAGGAAAGAUCUUCGAGCGUUGAUAGGGUUGGAGUUGGUCGUGGAUUACGUGAAAGAGCCGAAGGGAGAUACCUCGAACGAGCAGACUUCGCAAGUAACCGAAUAACUCGUGAAACGAAUCGAACCAUCCUAUUUUUUUCGUUAUUGCCUGUAUAAAUUAGUAUUAGUAACCCCGACACUUGCUGAUUUUCACUCAACCACGUCGCUCGUAUAGAGAGAGAGACUUAA